AUGCGGGUACGGAAAUUAGUUAGUCUGCCUGUCAGACUUCCCCUCAGGAUCAUACAUAAGAUCAUUCCCAAAAUUAGACGAUCGCGUUUCGAGACGACAACUAUCGAGUCGACCACGGACGGAAAGUCAGCGGCGCUGGCUGAGAAGGAGAGACAUAUGAAGGAGACAGAACCUCCUCUCGAGGACUGCCCGAUCUGUCAUGACCCCGUUGGGAUCGCCAACCCCGAGGGCACCGUAGAGUCGUGGACGUCGCUCCACUGCGGGCACCGCUUCGGCACCGUGUGCAUCCAGAUGUGGCUGCAGGACUCGCUCGACCGCAACGACCCCCAGAACCCGCACCCCUCGUGUCCCAUCUGCCGGGUCGUGGCCAAGCACCCGGUCUGCGGACACCUGGUGUGCCCGACCCAGGACUUCGAGCUGCAGUGGAACAUGUACCAGCUCCAGCUGCAGUACCAAUACCAGGCGGCACAGGCUGCCACCCUGCACCGGAGACCUCGCAAUAGGUUGCAGCGCCGGGAGGGCCAUCCGAGCCGGCCGUCGCUGACCCCGCCCCGCCGCACCGCGGACCAGGUCGGCGAGUGCGGCACCUGCGCCGAGCGGGUCAAGAGCCGGAUCGAGGCGACGGCGGUGGCCCAAGAACAGCAGGGCAGCGACAGCCGGUCCAGCAGCAAACCCAUGUUGCCGCUUCCUCGGGUCCUGGUCGGAGCCCUGAGGUCGAAUGGAGAGCCGUCGAGUCCUCUCAUGGGCGAACGGGAAAUCCGGGGGCGGAGCAUGAUCUGCAACCUGGAAGAGGUGUCGAGAGUUCCGCGGAGCCCUACUCCGGGUCCCGUAGGUGGACUGCUUAUGGCGGCACGGCGGAGCACCAGCUUCUAG